AUGAUUGUUGGUGGCUCCAGCGCCAAUACAGACGGCAUGAAUCAAUCCCCAGUGCCCUCAGCCGCCAUCUUGAACGCCGGCACCACCAACGGCAUCAUCAUCAGUGCGGCCGCGGAAAAGUAUCCUCAGACACGAGAGUCGACCAAGACUUGUGAUAAUGGCGAGGACAAGCCUCGCAAGCACAAGAAGAUUAAAGCCAACAACGAGCUUGAGGCUGGAAAGAACAAGUGGAUUGUCGUUGGCGGUCCGAGCAGGCGCACAGCAUGGGGCAGAAAGUGGAAGCAAGAGACAAAGCCCCUUGCCAUUGACAGGCUGCCCUCGCAGGGUGCCUCGUAA